AUGCAAACGUACCCAUCUCAGUUCGGUCGACGAUUGCGUACGCUGGACAUACGCAAAGCCUCUCUACCCACAAACACCAUUGCUAUCGCCGAUGCCUUACUUCCUCUCUAUCCCGACUCCGUGGAGCACGGUCUGAUCAAACGCCUGAUUGGCGAACUCUCCCUAACCGACAUUAAUUGGCUCCUCUAUCGUUGCGAACGCGAGGAAAAUGUGCCAGGGCUUCAUCGCACCCCUUACUACGUUCCACGUUACGGUGAUCUCGUAUUCUGCGGCCUGCAGGGUAUUGUUUCGGUGAUGCGCAACGUGGCGCAGCAUAAUGACCUGGGGCACCCUGUGUGUAAUCAUCUGCGCGAGGGUUUGUGGCUCCUUGAUUACCUCUAUCAACGAAUUAGCGCUCAGGAUCCUUCGCGGCCCUCAAAACAGUUAGACGCAUUGUCAAGGGCGCUGAAGCAACUCUUCCAGCCUAUCUAUGAUCUACCGAAGUACUUGGUACCGGCAAACUUUGGAAUGCUGGUUGGAUGUCUUUAUCAGACUGUCAUGGAGGAGGUGAGCCGAUGGGAUACACGUUGA